AGUGCUGGGGGUGCCUCGGGACCCCGCUCUGCGGCCGUGCUGUCCCCAGGGCCAAGGGCUGCAGGGUCCCCGCUGCCGGCAUCCGCAGGCAGGGAAGGAGCAUCCUGAGGGCCGCCCAGGAGCAAAGGGGCCGCAAGGCUGCACUGAUCCCCCGGCACCGACUGCCUGCAGCCUGUAAGGGGCCCCGGGGGAGCCCCCUGCCCCGGCUGUGCCCCGCGGUGUGCGUGAGCCUGACCCGAGCUCCGCAUAGCACCGGCCCCGGCCGAGCAUCCUCCUCCCGCUCUCCGUUGCCAGGCCAACGCCGCGUUGGAUGCCGGCAGCCCCUGCGCCAGGGCCUCCGCAGCGUGGCGGGCAGCAGCCCCACACCUCCCCAUGGGGUGCCCGCUGCCACCGGGCCCCCGCCUGCCUCCGCGACGGACACCGACCCACGGCUGCGUCCCCUCCCGGAGCCCCGGCGCACACCGCAGCCCGGGCAGCCCCCGGCCCGCCCCCCGGGAGCAUGGCGCAGCGGGACGGCGAGCCCGGCCCUCGGACGACGGCGCUGGCGGCUGCCGAGCUGGAGUGCAAGAUCUGCUACAGCCACUACGACGCCCGCUCCCGCAGGCCCAAGGUGCUCGGCUGCGGCCACCGCCUCUGCGCCCGGUGCCUGCGCAAGAUGGUGCCGCCGGGGGACGCGUCCCCCCGCCAGCUCCGCUGCCCCUUCUGCCGCCAGCACAGCCCCGUGCCCCGUGGGGACGUGCAGCGGCUGCGGGACGACGGCGCGGCGCUGGCGCUGCUGACGGGCUGUGAGCGGGACGAGCAGCGGGGCCCCCCCCGCUCCCCCGAGGUCCUGCUCUGCCCCAGCGUGCUGGAGCCCGCGCCCAGCCCCGAGUGCCUGGUGGUCACCAUCCUGGAGGUGCCGGAGGACGUGUCGCCGCCCGAGGGGCUGGGCAGGCUGGAGGUGGUGCGGUUGUACCGCCCGGCCAGCCUGGGCGCGCUGCCCUGCCGCGGCCCCGGCCACAAGUGCCGCUCCUGGGGGUGGCGAGCCGUGCCCCGCUUCAUCCUGGGCGUGCUCUGCCUGCUCUACUUCAGCUCCCUGCCCUUCGGCAUCUACCUCCUGCUCAUUGAGCACCACAGCCUGGGCAUCGUCCUCGUCAGCCUCGUGCCCUGCACCCUCCUCCUCUGCAUCAUCUACAGCCUCUGCCAGUGUCUGUGCCGCGAGGUCUUUGGGUUCCCCCACUCCUGACCCUGCCUGCUGAGCUCUGUGCCGCGCUGGGGAGGUUUGGGGCACCUUGGAGCGUUGUCCCGUGUAUGGGUGCUCCUGCCCCACGGCUGACCCAGCCUGGAGGUCUGUCUGGACCACGGGGAGAUGCUCAGUGCCUGCUGC